AUGUCGCUUGAUCCCUGGAAGGCCACAAUUUCCGCCGUGCUGUCCUCGGAUACGAACUGGACCAAAGUUCUGGCGGCUAAGAAGGCGCUGGAGGCUGUUGCAGACUCCAAUCCGUUCGCGCAGCUGUGUUUGGCGUGCACAUCCAACGACCAUUUCCAGUUGUCGCAGUUUGUGAGCUCUGCUGGGCCAGAAAAACUCAAACAGUUGAACCAGCUCGACGGAAAUGGACUCAGUCCGUUGAUCUACUCUGUUUGUUUUAACUCGCUGGAAUGUGUUUCCGUGCUGGUUUCGUUGGUGGACGUUAACGAGUGCGAUUCCCUGCUCCAAUGGACUCCGGUGAUGUGGGCCACUUAUUUGGAAAACGUAUCGAUAGUGGAGCUGUUAUUGGCUAACGAUGCUGAUCCGUAUCUCCGCAGCAAACGGUCGAACCAGAACGCUUUGGACCUGGCCAAAUUGGACUCCGAAGUGUACCAGUUCUACAAAACACAUAACUAUUUGGACCAAACAAAGACACAGCCCGACGAAGACACUUUCUACAAGAAAGACCCGCUGCUUCCUACGGACGACCAGUUCGAGACGCGGCUGAAAGCUCUGACCGUCGAGUCGGACGAAAAACCCGCUUCUGCAGAGCUGUACAAGGGAACCAAGUUUGUGGACGACGACGACGACAUUGUCGACGCUAACGACUCGUUUUACACAGACAGCUUUGAUUUCGGCCAUUUGUUGCCGCGCCAGUUCGUGAAGGUCAGCGACGACAGCAUUUCGGCCACCAUAGACUACAUUUUCUCUCUCAGCUCCAAAUACCAGCACCGGGCCAUCUAUCCCGCAGCCGUGGUGUUCCAGUCGGUGCGGUACAUCAGCGGGAAGCUCGAGAGUAUGGAACUUGCAGAAUCGUUUGUGGACCUGUUUCUGACCCGGGUCCGAAGCGUCACCAACACCAAAAGCGGAGUGGUCCAGCUUGUUUCUGGGUCCGGAACAGACAUAGUUCUGUUGGGGUACUGGAUCUCAUGUUUGAACCAUUUACAAUACUUUUUCUCCAGAGAUACAGCAUGUCCGUUUUUCUCCAAGAGCUCGAAAACGGUGCAGGAUCUCAUUUUGACGCUCCAGAGCCUGAUUUUCCAGCUGGCGUUCGCUAUGGACGCCAAACUCGAGCCGCUUCUGGAACCGUGUGUUCUGGACUACUCCAGCGUCCCUGACCUCGACACUGUUUAUAAGGCUCAAUGGCGGAUGUUCAAGCAUAAAGUUGCAUUAAAGUCCACAUACGACGAGAUCUUGGAGAUGCUGUAUCCUCCGUCGCUGGCAGACCAGAUGAAACCGUCGCCGUUGAAGAUCAUCCAGACUCUCGGUGCUUUGGUUUACGUUCUGGAGCUCCAUCACGUGAACGACAUUUUAAAACAACAGUGCUUCUCUGCGGUGUUCUACUGGUUUGGAGCUUCUGUAUUUAACAGAGUGCUUGCAAACAAAAAAUACAGCACCAGAGUCAAGGCGUUGCAAAUAAGACUUAAUUUGUCGUAUAUCCAGGACUGGCUACGAACCAACAAUCUGAUUCCGUUCCGUCCAGAAUCGCUCGAUUUCAAAGACGAUAGUUAUCCAGAAAGCAUUGUUGGCCAGCAAACCAAGUUCAACAACGUUGCACGGUUCCACAACCAUCCACAGGACCCAAUGGACGGAACUUUCUACUACAAUCCGCUGUACAAAAUUGGCCAGUACCAUCUGAUGCCGUUGAUCGAGCUGUUGGAAUGGCUACAAGUGAUGAGCGGACUCACAGCAGACGAUCUUGGAACCUUGAAAGAAGUGAUGAACAGAUUUGACGUGCUAAAUUCCGAACAAUUGCUUCAUGUCAUUAAGGUUUAUAGAUACGAGAUCACAGAGCAGAAGUUCCCCAAGACGCUCAAGAACCAUCUGAAACAGAGCUCUACUCCGUGUCGACAGAAAGUGUUCUACACGGGCUCCGAAAAGCUGUUUUUGAACCCGGCACAGGUCUUCCCUGUUGUUCUGUGUCGAAAAGCAGAGCUGUUGCACCAGUACGGGUCGGACCAGAAGAAAAUCAAGCUUUACCAACCAAACCUGCCGAUUGAGAUCAUCGACGAUCUCGAAGACAUCUAUGAUAAGUACACCGACCACGAGGAGCAGGCACUCGAGUCGUCGCAGCAGGAAGCGCACGGAACAGACCUGUUCAAAGAAUUGGCUGUUCCGACGUCCAUAGCAUACAAAACGUGGGAGUCGGAGGACGACAAUCCGUGGAAAUGA